AUGGAGGAGUACAUCUCCCUUGGUCAUAUGACUCUUUGCGAUGAGAUUGAAGAUGGCUAUUACCUUCCUCAUCACGCCGUUAUCAAGGAGUCCAGUGAAACUACCAAGGUUCGUGUAGUGUUCGAUGCCUCGGCUAAAACGUCUACUGGCAUCUCGCUUAAUGAUACUCUUCUGGUCGGCCCCACAAUCCAGAAUACUAUCUUUGAACAAGUCCUUCGGUUUCGCACGCAUCGCUACGUCAUCACAGCGGACAUUGAGAAAAUGUACCGCCAGAUUCUAAUUCAUCUUGACGACAGACAAUUUCAAAGGGUUCUGUGGCCUUACCAAGGCAAACUCAGAACUUUUCAACUCAACACCGUGACGUUUGGUACAGCCGCUGCUCCGUUCUUAGCUAUUCGUACCAUACAACAACUUGCGCGUGAUGAGGCACAGAACUUCCCACGUGCCAGUAAACUUCUACUUCGUGAUUUUUAUGUUGACGAUUUCAUCUCCGGAGCAGAUUCUCUAGACGAACUUAUAACCAUUAGAGAUGAUAUGAUCGCAUUGCUCUCUCGCGGCGGUUUCGUCAUCCGCCAAUGGUCAUCCAAUCAUCGUUCAGCUUUGGAUAAGAUUGAUAAAAGCUUCUUUGAUUUGGAUUGCUUGAUCAAAGAUGAUCCAGUCCAGAAGACUUUGGGUAUCAUAUGGGAUGCCCAAGGUGAUCUGUUGCAGUACACUUUGACUCAAGUUGAUCCUAACGUUGUUGCAACCAAACUCCUCUCAGAAGUAUCAAAGAUCUUCGAUCUUCUAGGACUCUUAGGACCCGUGACUUUAUUCGCCAAAGUCUUAAUUCAAGACUGCUGGAAGGCAAAGAUUACAUGGGAUGAGCCUCUUCCUCAAGAUAUCCACACAAAAUGGACGUCGCUAGUACUCCAGUUGCCAAAAAUACGUGAAGUCUCGGUUCCUCGACAGAUUUUAAUCCAAAAUCCCUCUCGCAUCGAAAGCCAUGGAUUUAGUGACGCCUCCAGUCACGGAUAUGGAGCUUGUCUGUAUCUCAAAUCCAGCAAUCCUCAAGGUCCUAGAUGGCUAAUUCUCGGAGAACCUGAAUGGUCACAAUUCAUCGUACCCUCGGCAGUUCUAGUGCAAGGACUGAAAAGGAAUCUCUGCCUGAUCACUACCACUUCAUGUGACUCUCUGUAUUCUCAGUUCUCUGAUUUCAAACGAUUUGUAAGAGUCGGUGCGUACAUCCGGCGAUGGAAGUAUCCACAAACCCCUUGGACCCGUCCACUCACUAACAAAGAACUCUACGAGGCUGAGCAUCAAAUCGUCAUGAUGGUUCAGCGUGAGCGUUUCUCUGUUGAAGUACGAAGGCUCACAACUAAUCAAUCUUCGACGAACUCAACUCGUUCAUCAGCAAAGGGAACCUCGUUUGAUCAAUUGCAUCCCUUCGUAGACGACAAGGGACUGCUUCGUGUGGGCGGUCGGCUCAAGAAGUCCGAACUAUCGUACAAUCAGAAACGCCCAAUCUUGUUGCCUAGUAAACAUCCGGUUACCGACAUGAUCAUCCAUCGGGCUCAUCAUUAG